AUGAAAACAGGAAAUGACACACAAAUCUCAGAAUUCCUUCUUCUGGGAUUCUCAGAGGAACCACAAUUACAGGCGCUCAUAUUUGUGCUUUUCCUCUCCAUGUACCUGAUCACUGUGUGUGGAAACCUGCUCAUCAUCCUGGCCACCAUCUCAGACUCCCACCUGCACACCCCCAUGUACUUCUUCCUCUCCAACCUGUCCUUUGUGGACAUCUGUUUCACCUCCACCACCGUCCCAAAGAUGCUGGUGAACAUCCAGACACAGAGCAAGGUCAUCACCUAUGCAGGCUGCAUCACCCAGAUGUAUUUUUUCCUAGUCUUUGGAGCAUUGGAUGACUGUCUCCUGACUGUGAUGGCCUUUGACCGGUAUGUGGCCAUCUGUCACCCUUUGCACUACAUGGUCAUCAUGAACCCCUGGCUCUGUGGAAAGUUGGUUCUGGCAUCCUGGAUCAUGUGUGUCCCAUUUUGCUUGUUACACAGUUUAAUGGUGUUACAGCUGUCCUUCUGUGCACAUGUGGAAAUCCCUCACUUUUUCUGUGAACUUAAUCAGAUUGUCCACCUUGCCUGCUCUGACACCUUUCUUAAUGACAUGGUGAUCUAUUUUGCAGCUGUGCUGCUGGGUGGUGGUCCACAGGCUGGGAUCAUUUAUUCUUACUCUAAGAUCAUUUCUUCUAUACGUGCAAUCUCAUUAGCUCAGGGGAAGUACAAGGCAUUUUCCACCUGUGCCUCUCACCUCUCAGUUGUCUCCUUAUUUUACUGUACAAGCCUGGGAGUGUAUCUAAGUGCUGAGGUUACCCACAGCUCACAGUCAAGUGCAGUCGCCUCGGUGAUGUACACUGUGGUCACCCCCAUGCUGAACCCCUUCAUCUACAGUCUGUUGAAUAAGAACAUAAAGAAGGCUCUAAAAGUAAUCUUUUGGGGAAAAAACAUGAAAGGGUCAACUGGUCUGGAGCUGAAGUAG